AUGGCGGAAGUCAAGAAGCACCUAGAGGCAGUUGACAUGACUUGGGAGGGGAGCUUCAUGGGCGUCCUGGGAAAGAACGGCAUCGUGAAGGCAGUCCGUUUCCACCCGGGAGACGACAAAGCACGACAGAUCUGUGUGGUGAACGUUCACGAAGGCCCCGAGCUUUCCCUGCCAGGCGCAUCGCUGACGGUCGUCGAAGAUGACGAGAGCGACAAGGAAAGUGUCGACAAAGGCAGUGAUGAUGAGGAAGAGGAAGAAGAGGAGGAGCGAGUUCGGGUGCCGCUCCGCGUCAACAUGCGAGUCGAGGACAUGAAGCGAAAGAAGAAAAAGAAGGUGUGCAUCGGAGUGAUCUUGGAGCUCGGUGAGAGCGAGACCAAUGUGAAAUACGAGGAUGGUCGCACCAAGCGGGUUGCGAAUACAAGAUUGCGGCCCUUGGAACGUGUAACGCGCGAUGCUACUGGCUACUCUGGCGACAGCAGCUUCAAUGACUUCCGCUUUACCAAGAACUGCCUCCCGACAGGGAUUGAGGUUGUUGGUGACGGCGCUGACUUGGAGAAAAAUCGAGCAGGUCAAAGCUACCUGCUGCUGAAGAAGAACACUUACUUGAGGGUGCCACUACGGGGCCUUCGUCAUGAGAAGCUGCGGCCUGGGGAGCCUAUCCCCCGUUACACGCUCUCCCUGGAGGUUCGCCUUGCAGAUAGCCACAGACGACUGGGAGAUUCUCCCUGGUCGCUCUUCCAGGCGAGCUUUCCAGAUCCGCACUCCACCGACGAGCUUUGUGUUGUCGCUGAAGACAAGCCGCACAAGCGCAAGUGGAAGGUGCUGACCAAAGAGAACGGUCUCGUAGUGAAUGCAGAAGCGGAUCCCAACUCCAAGGAGUUGUGCCGGCUUCCGGCCAAUGCCGUGGUUGUCGAGGAUGGCAUUCCGCCAAAGCGGCUUCCCACGGGCGAAAGGCGGCUUCGCAUCCGCUACAAGGCCGAUGCGGCAAAGCAAGCCGACGGGGACCUUGCCAUCGACACCAUGGAACCCGAGGAGUUUGUCCUGGAGGUCGAAGCAGGAUACUUUGGCAACGACUUCGGAGCGGCCGCAACGGCUAUUCGAAUCUGUUCCAAGGGGGUCCUGAAGACCCUGAACUUCCGCCCUGGUGUUGAGGGAGGCCUCGCCGGGGUGGACGGGGAGGCCGGCGCGAACAUCGGCUGGACACCCCGCGAUCGGCUGAUGCACAUUGUGCGGAUCACCAUCCGGAAGACAGGCUGGCACACCUUCCAGAUCAUCGAUGCUUCCGAUUCCGAGAAGACCUGGUCCAAAGAUUUCAAGGUUCUCGGCUGGUUUGACGACAAGGGCGUGGGCGGCAUCUCCCUGACGGAUCCCGACAACGAAGAGCUGGAGCUUGGCAAGGAGCGCGAGUAUCACAACAGCGGCACCCACAAGCUGCGCUUGCGAAGACUGGGAGAGGCCUCUGCCGACAUGGACGACAAGUUCGACCCCCGUGGCUGGGUGACCAUCCGCAAGACCGACAUGGAGCUAGUGGAGGAAGCGCACGGUCAGAAGCCGCCAAAGGGCCCACAGUGCUUCCUGAAAGCCGGCUUAUCCGAACGACCAACGACCAGCAACAGGUACUUGCGAUCUGAUCGCUGGCAUACGGUGACCAUCACCGCCGACUGCCAGGAUCGAACGGUGCUCAUCUUCCUGGACGGUAUCCAAGCAACGGAAAAGGAGAUCAACAUCGGCCCGGGGCUGCUCUGCGCCGCAUUCUUUUCUCAGCAUGUUGUCGACUUCGGGAUACUCGACGGGCUGGCUGUGGAGUCCAGUGCUGAUCGCCGGGAACACUCGAAAAUAGCGCAGCAGAAACGGUGGCUCUCCUUAGGCAUCACCGCCGGGGGUCUGGGCACCGACGAUGCGGGCCGCCGGGUGCAGGGCGAACCUUGGGACGUUUCACAGUGGGAUGCCGCCGGCUGCUCAAGCAGAAUUUGUUUUCGUUUGCUCGUUGCAUCGAGUGAUGUCGUCCCCAAGCACCGGGCCGGUCAGGACCUCGAUGUAUUGCAGAGGUCAGAUCCGCCAAGAGCAGACGGCACCAAUGGUUCGUCGAUAGCUUUGACAGUCACGACUCUCCUGAAGAAUAUGAUUGGCGCGGGCAUCUUCUCGCUGCCCAUCGGCCUCCGGUAUGCCAGUCCGAUCCCGGGCCUGGUGGUGUUGGGGAUCAUUGGCAUUCUCAGUGCUGGAUCCUACUGGAUGGUUGGGUAUUCAUGCAUUACCUGCAAAGCAAAGUCGUUUAGAGAGCUUUGGAACAAACUUUUGAGUGCCAAAACUGCGUGGCUCAUCGAUGUUAUCAUUUUUAUGAAUGGCUGGAUUACGCUCGUUUGCUACAUUAUCUUGAUCGGCGACUUCAUGACCAAGUCCUUCCUUGGAUUGCUGGGUCCGGACCACCUGCUCACAAAGAGCCGGGUGUUGAAUCAAACUGUCAUCACAGCCAUGGUCUUGCUUCCUCUGUCUUCAGCAAGAGACCUGCAUGUAUUGGCGUACACCUCCAUUCUCGGUCUCGGGGUGUUGGUCUAUGUUCUGAUCCUAGUUAUCCAUGAUUCCUGGAUGAACUCCGCCAGCAUCAGUCACGACACCCCGCUGUGCGAAUGGAAUAUGGGUAUUUUUGAGGCCAUCUCUCUUUACACGAAUGCUUUCGUCGCCCACUACAAUGCCCCGAAGGUCUUUGCGGAACUGGCGAACCCAACUUACGAGCGCUGGACCCUCUUGGUAGCGAUUGCAUAUGGCAUCGCUUUCUUGGUAUAUGCCGAGUUCGCUUGGGCAGGUUUCCGACGUUUCGAGCACGAGGUCCAGGGCAACAUCCUCAAGAACUAUGGGCCCUAUAUGCACGUGCUGAUCGCAUGGCUGGGCAUGGGCUUUUCCAUUGCGUUCACCUAUCCACUGGUCUUCAACUCGGCACGCGAGGCUGCCACAAAUCUGCUCAGCAUGGCCCAAGAGCAGCUCCAGGCAACAUCUUGCGGCUCGGCGCUCUGCGAGGCCUUCAGCUCGCGGGUGCAGCAUCUGCAGGCCGCCUGGAACAGUGGGUGGCGCCGCUCACCGCGAAGCCCUCCAGCCAAGAAGAGGCUUCACCAGCCUGGCACGAAGACUACUCUCGCGCUGGUGUUCCUGACCUACAUCAUUGCCAUCCGCUGUGAAGAUGUGGGCGUGGCCAAUGCUCUGGCCGGUUCUGUGAUGGGAUGUUUGACCUGCUUCUUCCUCCCUGGUUUGCUCUUUUUCUUGACGGUGUCGGUGCAGCUCCGGAGCCGGGUGGGUCUGCCACAGCCGCUCCUGGGAAAAGGAGCUCCCAAACCUGGCCCUGCGCUGUACUGGAAGCUGCGCCUUGCCCAGGCUGCGGGCGCAGUCACCGCCUUCAGUGGCGUGCUGUUCACCAUCAUUGGCACAGCCGUAAUCCUCGUGCACCACUGGGAGUGA